CAUUUUACGGCAAAAGGAAAACACUGACUUUCUGGAGCCACUGUUCACAAUGAGUGUGAUCGUACAGCUCAGCCUGUUCCUCAUCAGCGCUGGACUCACAGCAGCCGAUGAAUCUAAUGAACCUCAACCCAGUCUGGAAUGCCUGAAUGACUACGACACAGAGAUGGUUUGCCAAUUGUGGUCAGAAAGACUCAACAGCUGCCCCGAAUACAAGCUCAAUAUAUCCCUGUAUACAAUCCCUGAUGAAGUGUUUACAUGCAGCUUUGUGAAUGUCUCUCCCAAUGCCUGCGAAUGCAAAUUCGAAAUGCAAGGCUUCGUUCUUGAGAGAUUUAAGGCAAACCUGUCCAGAGGAGAAAAGGAGUUGCUGUUUAAGGAGAUCGAUAUUGCAAGCAGCAUCAAACCCAAACCACCAACCAUCGUAUCAGUCAAUCUGACAGAAAAAGGAAAUUUCCUUAUUACCUGGGACACCAACUACCCAUCACCUCUUCAAAAAACGUUUUCUGAUAGUCUGAGUACGGAGCUGACCUACGGCGUUAAAGGAGGCAAAAACAAUGUGAUACAUUUGGAAAAAGGACGAACGGAAUAUGAGAUUGUGGGUAGAAACCUUCAGCCCAACUCCGAUUAUGUUGUGAUGGCAAGAGUGAGCACAGAAUACAACCAGAAUCUGAGGUUCAGCGACUAUAGUCAACCAUACGAGUUCAGAACAUCCAUGUUUUUACAGGUUAUUCUGAAGAUAUUAAUUCCCAUCUUGUGUGUCAGUCUGAUCAUCUUCAUAUCCAUUCUUUUCUACUGUUACGUCAAAAUCAUAAAACAGUGGUGGGACAAGAUUCCUGUUCCAAAAAUAGCUCAUAGUUUUGAAAAAACGGUUCCACAUUUGUCAUCAUUUGGAAGUGACUUCUCCCAUGUCUAUCUUGAAACUUCAAAACUGGACCCCGCUAAGGACAAGAUGUGGAUAUCAACUCCUCAAUUAGGUGUCAGCUGUGAAGACAGUCUCCAGAGUCUUGGAAAAAGUGGCGAUUCCUCUCAGGUAAUUUAUGCGCAAACAGUCUCUGAGGAUGCAGAAGAUAUCAAUGGAAACAAAGAUCAGUGUGAACUGCUUGAGGAAUAUAAAUCAGCAAACCAAGUGCAAUCAAACAGAGCCAACGUUGAUAUCCAAAGGGAAUCUGGGAAUAGCUCCGGCUCAUCCUUCAGCAACAAGUGCUAUUUGGGAUCAGACUCCAGCGGCUCCUCCUUUCUGAACCAGUCUAUUACACACUCCGCUUAUCCCUCUAAUGAGAGUGAGAAUUCAUUCUCGUCUUUGUCCAAAAACCUGGACCCAGUGAUACCGACAGACUUUAUGUACGGCCCGUGUAACAGCUGUUCAGUGUCAGUAGACUCGACUCAGUUCACACCCCUCAGCACCGAGACUAUUAUGGUUCCUGGAUAUCAGAGUGUGAAUGAGCUCCUGGACCAUGGAAACAAACCAGAAGACCAAGCGUUUAUUAGUUAUCACAAUGAUAUUAAUCUGAUCAUGGUAAAGACUAUUCCAAAGAAUCCACUAAGCGUAUCUUCACCUGGUGAUGACAGCAUGAUUAUCCCAGUUGAUGAUACUUAUCAGUCGUUUCCAAGCUUGGACCAAAACACAUGGAGCUCUGACCACAGCACUGAACUAGAGCAGAACAUCGCUCAGGCUGUAGCUCAGACGGCCCACCACAGCAUGAGCUGUGUCAAUCAGCAGGUACAUGCACCAUCAUUAAAAGGUCUUUGCGGUCCUGUUUUGAAUAUUUCUCCAGGCAUUCAAAUCGACUGUUCUUAUCAAAGGGUGUGAUGUCACAGCUGAAAAUAAGCCAUAUUAAAUUGUAUGUACAAUACACUGUAACACAGAAUAUGAAUAUAGCCCAAAAAGAAUACACACUUUCUGUUAAGCUAAGCCAAAUAAGGUGACACAUCUACAGGGAACAAUAUGGCAUUUUUCUGGCAUCUUUAGUGCACAGUUUCUGUUUACUUGAGUUCCUCACAUUCUGGAAAAAAUAAAAUGUAUAUAUGUGUGUAUAUCCUAUAACAUUUGUACAGGCCACAUUUUAUGUUUAUGUUUUCCAUUGUGCUAAAUUCAGCAAAUAAACAGUAAUUGUGGAUAAGUCAAACAUGGCAUUUGACCAGGGGGUGCCCAACAUUUUGUAUACUACUGUGUAAUGAAUGUGUGUCUUAUGCAGAGAUUCUUAUGUACAUUCUUUCUAAUACACUCUUAUGCACCUCGAUAAAUAGACAUGCACAAAUAUGUAAAGUCUGUGUGAGUUAAAGCUGUAAAAUUCAUCAAAUAUAUGAUUAUUGAAGGGAACAGAUUCAAAUAUAUCUUUUGCAAAGUAUGACUAUUAGAGGAAAAUAUAAGAACAAAUUAGAAGCAAGAAUAAGAGGAAAUUUCCCUGUUAUGUUUACAUGCACUACCAAUGUAUACAGCACACUAGCCUGAAAUGAUUGUAUAUGGCAGAGCUGGUGAUUGGAUUUUACUGUAAUUGUUGUCACAGGCUGUUUAGUUUACACCAGUUUGGUGAGUCAUUUCUGUGAAUGUCAUCCUACUAAAUAAAAAACUGCCUUGUAUGAGACUAUGUA